ACUUGCGAUGCUGCAACAUGUGACGCGACACAGCGCGUAUCGCGCUAAGCAGCUAAGGCAAUUUAGUAGUAGUUGAACCGAGGUGCUCGAUAAAUAGCGCAUAUGUGAACCAUAAAUAAGAACAAGGAAUAUUCUUCCAAAAGAAAUUCACAAACCUUCGUGAAUUUGCAAUUUUUUCAAGAUCGAUGAGUUAUAAAGACACUUUGGUGUAUUUUUAGUUAGUAUUACUCGAUCGUCAUAAUAAAAGUCAAAAUAAAAGUGAUUUGUGGACAUCGCGAAAGAAUGUCGCAUUUAAAAUGCUGUCAACAAAAUUAUUUGAUAUUCUCAGUUGUGUACGCAAAACGCAUAUAAGCAGUGAAAAAAUAUUAAGUGAUACGAGUUAUCGCUAAAUAAUUUUCUGUGAGCGAAGUAAAAAUUACUAAAAAUAUCUGAGCCACUUAACAUCAAAAAUUAUUUCUCGAAAAAUGAGUUCGCAUUCUCACACGAGGACGAUGUGCACUGGAGGCGCAAUGUCAGGCCCAUUCUCCGCGUUGCAUCUCUUGCGAAGUUACAGUCUCUUUGGCCCGAACUCAGAUUUAUGCAGCUAUGAAGCAUACCCAUCUCGAGAUUACAGCUUUAGUGAACCUGAUAUUUUACCAAAUUCUGUAACGAUGGAUUCCCCAUCUUCAACAUUAACAUCUUCUUCCUUGUCACCAUUUUCACUCCCAGGAACAUUACUUCAACCGUCAUUUCUAACGGCAAUGCCACCAUUGGUGCAUUCCUUGAAUAUGCCUCAAACAUUUUCCACUACUACAGGUGCUACGAGUCGUCACUUUGUCACUACAAAUGGAAUAACUACUCUCCACAGAAGACCCAGAAGUGAAAAGAAACCAAUUCCGGACGAUCAGAAAGAUGAAAAGUAUUUCGAGAGACGUAAACGGAACAAUCAAGCUGCAAAAAAGUCGCGAGAUGCUCGCAAGAUUAGAGAAGAUCAUGUCGCUUUGAGAGCGACGAUGUUGGAGCACGAGAAUGCGAUUCUGAAGGCGCAGAUAGUGACACUUCGGGAAGAGGCACAAUCACUGAGAUAUAUGUUAAUCAAACAAGAUACUCCGGCAAUACAAUCCAUCGAACGAUCGCUCUCUUCGAUUACUCCCGUUACACUGUCUCCCCCGCAUACAGCCUCAAGUCUAGAUUGUUAAUUCAACAAUAAUUUUUCCAAGAGCGUCAAACAUGUCUAUCCGUGACGAAAAUUAAAAUCAAUGUUGUUAAAGUAUUGAAUUUAAUAUUUGAGUUGAGUUUGUCCAUUUAUAUAAUUGUUUAUUUUGUUUCAGGUCGAAUGGAAAUAGAUGUCGUGCUCUCUCUCUCUCUCCUAUAGUUUUGCAAGGUGUUCUAAAGGCGUAUUCAGGGAGCUCGCUACUGCGUUAUCAACGCUAACAUUAUUAACUCCGUUCAUGAAACCAACAAUGUAGCGUUAAGCUAAUCGUAACAUUCAGUUCUAAAUCUAAUCAAACAGCAAAAUAGAGCAAGAUUGAUCGUAUACUUCAUUUCAAUAAAGAAAAAUCGGCAAGAAAUUAUGCACCGACCUAAUAAAUGUAAUUCAAGAAAUUGAGAAACUUAAGCUCUUCAAGGAUAGAACAACAGCUGUUAUACUCUAGUCUAAGAUAAAGAUUAAUCUCAGAUGAGAAGAUUAUAGAGAUUCAUUCAAUAACGAUUAUACAAUACAAGAAACAGAAAAUGCAUUUGAGAUAAUAAAAGAAAAAUCUUCAUCGGGAUUAGACAAGAUAAAAUACAAGAAACUAACUUAAAAGAAAAAAGAAGAGAAGCUUUAUUAAAUUUUAUGAAUUAUUAUUUUUUGAGCAUUAUAUUGAGAAUUAUAAAAUUCAUGGGAGGAUGAAUGUAUGAAAGAAAGGUAAUUUAUAUUAUAAAUAAUUCGAAUAUAGAUAAAGUUCAAAGGAAACUAUCUUAAGGAGUGGUUCUAAGCCCAAUAUAUUAUAUGGUAUUUAUAUUAAUAAAGUCUCUCAUUCAGAGAGAAACUUAAGAUAUUCAAGGAUAUUCAACAGAAAAUUAAUAUUGCAAUAUACUGAUGAUAUAUAGUUCUAUAUACAUCUGGUUAUGAUAGAAAUUAUAAAUAAUAAAGAGAAGUAUAAUAAGGAGAAGAUGGAAAAAACACUGUAACACACACAAAAGAAUUUACGAUACUUAUAAUUGAAAUUAUAAAUCGAAGGAAACAUCUUUUAUAAAAUAUAACUUUUCGAAAAUAUAAAAGGAAUACUGCAGUGGUUAAAAGUAUGAAGAUUGUAGUCGAAAAGGAAAGAUUUAGAAGAGCUCCGAAGAGCUUUAGCGCUAAAUAACGCUGAUAACGAGUUCCCUGAAUGCAUCUUGAAAAUACACUCUAACCAGAUUCAAAAUAUAUACGUUGCAUGCAUCAGAAGUACCUUUUGUUUUUACAAAACUCCACAACCUUUAACAAAUGUUAUUCCAUUAAAUUAAAUUUUCGUGACUACAAGCAAAAGCUUGUGUUUACUUUACUGACAAUGAGAAUAAAUUCCGGAUUUACAACGGUUUUAAUUUCAGAUUCAGAAAGUACGCAUUCAUGUUAUUAGGUACAAAUUUUUUUACGCAAUUUCUUGUGCAAAUAAUAGGCAGUUAAUUAGCCGAGAUUAGGAUAAUUUUAAGACCUCAAUAAAGAUUAUUUCUUGUUAGAGUUAUUAUUACUCAUUAUAAGUAUAAUUAUUGUUGCUUGAAUGCUAAUAAAAAAAUGUGAUUAAAAAUA